UUUCCUUACGUCAUCGGAAGCCACCGGAAGAGAGAACCCUGAGCCUCCGCCCCGCUCAGUCGAUCCCAACUGAAGAGAAGGCGAGUCCACGGCUAAAAAUAUAAUAGCUAACACAAGAUGACCGGUUUGCCUCGUAGGAUUGUAAAGGAGACACAGCGGUUGAUGGCAGAGCCCGUUCCAGGGAUCACCGCACUGCCAGAUGAAGCCAACGCACGCUACUUCCAUGUGAUCAUUGCAGGCCCUCAAGACUCCCCCUUUGAAGGAGGCAUAUUUAAACUUGAACUAUUUCUUCCAGAAGAGUAUCCCAUGGCAGCUCCCAAAGUGCGAUUCAUCACCAAAAUCUACCACCCCAAUGUUGACAAACUUGGAAGAAUAUGUUUAGACAUCUUGAAAGAUAAGUGGUCUCCAGCUCUGCAGAUCCGCACAGUGUUGCUAUCCAUCCAGGCGUUAUUAAGUGCUCCCAAUCCAGACGAUCCCCUCGCAAACGAUGUUGCAGACCUGUGGAAGCGAGACGAAAGCAACGCCAUCGAGAGAGCCCGAUCAUGGACCAGGCAAUACGCAGUAUAGAAGAACGGGGACGAGGCUUCUGAAUGUGAUCCACAAAAUGUACUCCUAUUCUGUCAACAUUCAAAUUUAACAGACACAAAAAAAAAAAAAGAUAA